UAAUAUUUCCCUGCCAGUAUCAAAUCUCUGUACUUGAUCAUAGAUAACAUUCCUCCUGUCGGCCUCGGACCUUCUGAUCAAAGAUCAUGCUUCUGAUCAAAGAUUCUAGUGACACCAUACAGAAGAAGGGUCUCGACCCGAAACGUUACCCAUUCCUUUGCUCCAGAGAUGCUGCUUGACCCGCUGAGUUACUCCAGCAUUUUGUGUCUACUUGCCAUUCUGAUGAUAAUCUGCCUCUUGUUCUUGCCACUAAAGUGGAUAACCUCACAUGUAUCCACAUUAUAUUGCAUCUGCCAUGCAUCUUCCCACUCACCCAACCUAUCCAAGUCGCCCUGCAUCCUCAUAGCAUCCUCUUCACAGUUCACCAGCUUUGUGUCACCUGCAAAUUUGCUAAUGUUACAUUUCAUUCCUUCAUCUAAAUCAUUAAUAUGUUGCGAAUAGCUGCGGUCCUGUCAGCUGUGGCUGACAUACCUGCAGCCUAUCGUAGUGCAGGAACACUGUGAAUGACUGCUCAUUUCCAGCCAUUUAAAGGCUGUGGGCCGGCUUCACCAACGCUUUAAAAGCCGCUCCCAGAGCCGGCUCCGUCAUUCCAGUCCCUGUAUCACACUGAGCUCUCACUGUUAAAGGAUAAUGGCCCGGACCAAGCAGACAGCGCGCAGAUCGACCGGAGGGAAAGCUCCUCGCAAACAACUGACGACCAAAGCAGCGAGGAAGAGCGCCCCAGCCACGGGCGGAGUGAAGAAGCCUCAUCGCUACCGGCCCGGCACCGUGGCUCUGAGAGAGAUCCGGCGCUACCAGAAAUCCACCGAGCUGCUCAUCCGCAAACUGCCCUUCCAGCGCCUGGUGCGGGAGAUCGCUCAGGACUUCAAGACAGACCUGCGCUUCCAGAGCUCGUCCGUCAUGGCCCUGCAGGAGGCCAGCGAGGCUUACCUGGUGGGGCUCUUUGAGGACACCAAUCUGUGCGCCAUCCACGCCAAGCGAGUCACCAUCAUGCCCAAAGACAUCCAGCUGGCCCGCCGCAUCCGUGGGGAGCGCCGCCCACACACGGGGCCGCCAGUGGACACACGGGGACGAAAACCUGGCAACGUUAUCGUCCCCGUCAGCUGCAGCAGAGUUGGGGACAGUCUAGUCCCGCCACCCACCCAGUCACUGACCCACCCCCCACUGACCACUCCCCUACUGACCACUCCUGACCACCUGGCAACGUCCCCGAUAAUGGCCCGGACCAAGCAGACAGCGCGCAGAUCGACCGGAGGGAAAGCUCCGCGCAAACAACUGACGACCAAAGCAGCGAGGAAGAGCGCCCCAGCCACGGGCGGAGUGAAGAAGCCUCAUCGAUACCGGCCCGGCACCGUGGCUCUGAGAGAGAUCCGGCGCUACCAGAAAUCCACCGAGCUGCUCAUCCGCAAACUGCCCUUCCAGCGCCUGGUGCGGGAGAUCGCUCAGGACUUCAAGACAGACCUGCGCUUCCAGAGCUCGUCCGUCAUGGCCCUGCAGGAGGCCAGCGAGGCUUACCUGGUGGGGCUCUUUGAGGACACCAAUCUGUGCGCCAUCCACGCCAAGCGAGUCACCAUCAUGCCCAAAGACAUCCAGCUGGCCCGCCGCAUCCGUGGGGAGCGCGCCUGAACUUGGCCUCGGCAUCACGGACAACAAGCGGCUCUUUUGAGAGCCACCGACCCGGCAGCAGAAAGAGCUGUGCCGUCAAUGUGCAGUUGUAUUUCUGUCCCCAUCUUUCUGUAGGGUUUUAGAGGCUGAAUGAGAGAUGCCAGAGAGUAAUGGUGGAUGGUUGUUUGUCAGGUUGGAGGCCAGUGACUAGUGGGGUGCCACAGGGAUCUGUGUUGGGUCCACUGUUGUUUGUCAUGUACAUCAAUGAUCUGGAUGAUGGUGUUGUAAAUUGGAUUAGUAAGUAUGCAGAUGAUACUAAGAUAGGUGGGGUUGUGGAUAAUUAAGUAGAUUUUCAAAGUACAGAGAGAUUUAUGCCAGUUGGAAGAGUGGACUGAAAGAUGGCAGAUGGAGUUUAAUGCUGAUAAGUGUGAGGUGCUAUAUCUUGGCAGGACAAAUCAAAAUAGGACGUACAUGGUAAAUGGUAGGGAAUUGAAGAAUGCAGGUGAACAGAGGGAUCUGGGAAUAACUGCACAGUUCCCUGAAAGUGGAAUCUCAUGUAGAUAGGGUGGUAAAGAAAGAUUUUGGUGUGCUGGCCUUUAUAAAUCAGAGCAUUGAGUAUGGAAGUUGGGAUGUAAUGUUAAAAUUGUACAAGGCAUUGGUGAGGCCAAUUCUGGAGUAUGGUGUACAAUUUUGGUCGCCUAAUUAUAGGAAGGAUGUCAACAAAAUAGAGAGGGUACAGAGGAGAUUUACUAGAAUGUUGCCUGGGUUUCAGCAACUAAGUUACAGAGAAAGGUUGAACAAGUUAGGGCUUUAUUCUUUGGAGCGCAGAAGGUUAAGGGGGGGGACUUGAUAGAGGUCUUUAAAAUGAUGAGAGGGAUAGACAGAGUUGACGUGGAUAAGCUUUUCCCACUGAGAGGAGGGAAGAUGCAAACAAGGGGACAUGACUUGAGAAUUAAGGGACUGAAGUUUAGGGAUAACAUGAGGGGGAACUUCUUUACUCAGACAGUGGUGGCUGUGUGGAAUGAGCUUCCAGUGAAGGUGGUGGAGGCAGGUUUGUUUUUUUAUCAUUUAAAAAUAAAUUUGAUAGUUAUAUGGAAAGGAAUGGAGGGUUUUGGUCUGAGCGCAGGUAUAUGGGACUAGGGGAUAAUACGUGUUCGGCACGGACUAGAAGGGUCGAGAUGGCCUGUUUCCGUGCUGUAAUUGUUAUAUGGUUAUAUGGUUAUUAUAUGGAAAUGAUGGUGCAGUGACCGCUGCUGAACAGACUCCGAACCAGCUGAUUUCAAUGUCUCGGGAGACUAAAUUCUCUCCAGAGAUGUUGCCAGUUCCACUACAGCACUUUCUGUAUCUCAAGAGUAAAUUGUGGGCAUGUCCCACUUAGGCGAUUUUAGUGGCGACAAUCUUUCUUGUCGUAGGUUGUCGCCAGGUGUCGUGGGUGAAUUCGAUUAUGGGCCUGUCCCACAGGCGAUUUUUCAGUGGACUGAUGGCGACUCAAGUUGUCGGCAGUCGCCUGAAAAACCGGAACUGGAAUGGUGACUGUCGGAGCAGAACACACACACAGACACAUCGCAAAGGCGGGGGCCAGGGCAAGCGGGGGAGCGCUGUCUAAAACAUUCCCACAGUGCAAAUCCAAGGUGAUACAGCCACACACCGUGAUGAACAGGAAGAUUGGCGCUGGUUGGAAUGCUUCUCUUUCUGAUUCCUCAUUCGCAUACAUUGAGCUAUUAAAUCGUGCACAGACACACUUUCCGCACAAUGCUUCAAUCAGUAUCAAAGGACAGAACACAUAAAAAGGGGGCCACUAAAUACAGGUGUAGAAAAUCAAAGAGGUAGAGUUACAGUAUCUACAUGUACAAAGUGUUGAAGCAGGUUCAUCCGGAUAAGGUCAUAAGAAAUAGGAAUAGAAUUAGGCCAUUUGGCCCAUCAAUUCUACUCUGUCAUUCAAUCAUGGCUGAUCUAUUUCCCCCUCUAACCCCAUUCUCCUGCUGUUUCCCCAUAGCCUCAGACACCUGUACAAAUCAAGAAUCUAUCUAUCUCUGCCUUAAAAAUGAUUUGAUCUCCGCAGCCUUCUGUGGCAAAGAAUUCCACAGAUUCGCCACCCUGUGACUAAAGAAUUUCUUCUCAUCAUCUUCCUAAAAUAACUUCCUUUAAUUUUCAGGCUAUGACUAGAUUCUCCCACUGGAUACGGGCAUAUUUUCCUCUGCCAUCAUUUCAUCAACUCUUUCGUCGACGACUUCUUCGAGCGCAUCGCCUCGAAAGCUUCCCACCUUAUCCAUUACAGUAAACAGAUCUCUUCUUGGAAGAUCCAGACUGCCGCCCACCUGCUGCUGCAUGAGGAACUGGCCAAGCACGCCGUUUUUGAAGGAACAAAAGCAGUCGCCAAAUAUACCAGCUACAAGUAUAAAAUUUCACCCAACCACAAUCCAAAGCCUCUUUUCAGUGCCACUUAGAAUAAUGCAAAAGGGUGACCAACAUGUUAUUUUUUGUCGAUAACAGAAGACGGGCAAGAACUCAUGAACAAAACUUAGCAUACAGGUGUCAGACACUGAUUAUUUACUUAACCUACAAGUGUCAGACACUGACCUGACAAUUUAAUCAUAUUAUAAUUAUAAUUGACUAUUUGAAUUUUUGCAUUUUUCCAAUAAUAAAUAAUCACUUUAAAUCUGUUUAUAUUUCUGAAUAGCAAUAUGAUACAAUUUUGCUGUAAUUUUUGAUAAACCAUAUUUGCUACCUAUGAUGCCACUACCUGCUUAAGUGACCUGGAGUCAUACAGCAUGCAAACACGCCCUUCAUUCCAACUUGUCAAUGCUGACCAAAAUGACCCACCCUCGUAUGUUCCACCUGCCCGAAUUUGCCCAAAUGUCCCCCUAAAUAUUUACUCUCCACGUGCCUGUCAAAAUAUCUUUGAAAUAUUGUUGUAGUACCUGCCUCAACUGCCUCCUCUGGAGGUGUGUUCCAUAUACUGAACAAACGAAAACAAACCUCAAGGUUACUAUUAAAUCUUUCCCUUCUUACCAGUGUCAU